AUGGCCAAACCAGUUGCUAUUCACGAUGAAGGCUCUCGUGUGCCCAAGCCGGAUCCGAACCUCGAGGUUGAGAUCCCACACGUCCCAUUGACCGAGGAGGACAACAAGCGAAUCUGCCGCAAAACCGACCGUACAAUCCUGGUGGUAUUGAUUUGGGUCUACUUCCUACAAAUUCUUGACAAAACGGUGCUUGGAUAUGGCGCGACCUUUGGCCUACGGACCGACACACACUUGACGGGCAACCAGUACUCCCUCGUCGGUUCCAUCGCCCCGAUCGCCCAGUUGGCAUGGCAGCCAUUCUCAUCCUACUUGAUUGUGAAGGUGCCGCACAAGAUCCUCAUGCCCACCCUAUGCUUGGGAUGGGGCAUUGCUCAGGCGUGCAUGGCCGCUUGCCACAACUUCCAAGAGUUGAUGGCGGCGCGCUUUUUCCUUGGCUUGUUCGAGGCAGGUUGCUUGCCCUUGUUUGGAGUUAUCACGAGUCAGUGGUACCGUCGCGCGGAGCAGCCCUUGCGCAUUGCUGCUUGGUAUGGUACCAACGGAAUUGCAACCAUUGUGGCGGCUGCACUGUCGUAUGGUCUGGCACACAUCAAGUCGGAUCUCUUGAAAUCAUGGCAAAUCAUCUUCCUCUUCGUCGGACUAGUCACCAUCGUUUCGGCACCGUUCGUUUACUGGCGUUUGGACAACGACGUGACCACCGCUCGCUUCCUUAACGAAGAAGAAAAGGCACAGGCGGUGGAGCGACUACGUGCCAACCAGACCGGUACGGGAAACACGGAAUUCAAGUUUAGCCACGUGUUGGAGGCUGCAUUGGAGCCGAAGACCUAUCUGUGGAUUGGUAUGGCUAUGCUCCUUAACAUCGGCGCUAGUGUCACCAAUACUUUCGGUCCGUUGAUUCUCGGCGGCCUGGGCUACGACAAGUACACCACUAGUCUACUCACCAUGCCCUUCGGUGCCUUGCAGACGAUCAUGAUCCUUCUUGCUAGUUAUCUUGCCCAAACAGCCCGCCUGAAGGGUGCUAUCCUCGCAUUUUUCAUGCUCCCCGUCGUGGCUGGUCUUGCCAUUCUCUACGCGGUUCCUCGAGACAAUUCCGACCAGGGCGCCUUGCUUGCCGGAUACUAUCUUCUUGCCUUCCUUUUCGGUGGUAACCCUCUGGUCGUGACCUGGAUUAUUGGAAAUACCGCCGGAAGUACCAAGAAGUCUGUCGCGAUGAGUCUUUACAACGCCGCCUCCUCUGCCGGCAACAUCGUCGGACCCCUUCUCUUCGCCGCGAAGGAUGCGCCCGAGUAUCACCCCGGUCUCCGUGCCUGUCUUGCCAUCUUUAGCACCAUGGUUGCCAUUGUGUUUAUCCAGUGGGUCAAUCUGUGGUUCCUCAACAAGCAACAGGCCCGCCGCCGAGUGCGCAAUGGAAAGAGUGCCCAGAUUAUUGAUCACUCCAUGCAGUCACAUUUCCACGGUAUUGAAGAGACUUCUGAAGAGUCUGAGAGUGGGCAGCACGUUGCUCAUGCUGGUGCACAUGUGGCCGAUGAUUUGACCGAUCGGCAGAAUGAUGAAUUUGUAUAUAUUUACUGA